UUUCAAGAGCAGCAAUUUUUCAACCAACCUGUAGAAGAGAUGGUCCCGCCAUUCAUAUGUGAACAAUUUUUGUUAGGACCCAGUAACUUUAACUUAAUUUUUAUUCGUCGAAUCUGUAGUAUACUGGCAAAACUGUAAAAGCGCGUUUUGAGACAAAUUUGAUUUUUCUUAAAUGUGGCAAUUGUAUUGAACAUUUUUUUGAACAAAGUAAAUAAGUUUUAGCAAUCAAAUGUUCUUCAAUAUUUUUAAUUGAAGAAGUUAUGUUUGAGAAAUCUGGAACAUAUGUGCUCGUUAAACAGUUUCGACGCGAAAAUGCUGAAAACGCCUUAGCUCCGAUAAGUGAGUCAACAGAAAGAGUCAGCAGCGUUAAGAAACCAUCUCCUCAGCGUCCCAAGAAACCUGCAAAGGAAAACAAUAAAAACAGGAAAGAAACAGUAAAGAACGAAGAUGUGCGAUCGCAUAAUAAAACAAUCAGUAAUACACCGUUUAUAAGAGGAGUGAUCUAUUGGAUAGAAACUAUAUUGUACUAUUUGAUAUUUUAUGCGGGAUUAUUCAUCUUAUUUUACAUUUGCUUUACGAUAUAUAAACUAACGUUGCCAGAGGAUGCUCCGCGAGUAUCCAAACUGCAGCCUUCCUUAGUUUACUACCCCAACUAUGAAUCCUAUUAUCUUAACCGUAUAUCUUGGAAUGCUUACGAGGAGAAAGACAUCGAACUUAUUGUAACAAAUAUAAAUAGUUUCCUAGAAAAAUUUGGUACGCGUCGCAAGUUCGGUAAAUGCAGUGCGAACAAUUAUUAUGGUUACAAGAGUCGUAACCCGUGUGUAUUCCUGAAAGUUAACCGAAUUGCGGGCUUUCAUGUUGAUGCCAUUGAAAAUGGCCGAGAAUUGCAAAGGAGGGAACGCGUUUUAAAGAAAGUCAUUGACAGUCUUCCAGCAGAUAAACGUAAGGGACGUUUAUGGAUAUCAUGCAAAUCGAAUUCUUGGGUAAAUAUCGAAUAUUUUCCGCAAUCGCGUUCAAUACCCAUGGAGCAAAUCAACACCCAGCAAUCCGUUAACAAGAUUAAUAAUGGUUCGUCUUAUUCUCAAGGUGAUUAUGAUCAGAUUGUAACGAUACAAAUUAUAAAUGUACCACAAGACCAGCUUUUCAACGUUAAUUGCAAGAUGUUUGCGAAAAAUAUUGAGAAUGAUGACAACGAAAAUCCUUGGAUAGGUGGUGUCAGUUUCGACAUGAUUUUAUUAACAGAUUAGCAUUGAAGAUAUAAUAAAACACAUGAAGAAUCGUGGAUAUUUUAUGAAUUUUA